AUGGGCCGUAGCGCAACAUGGACGGCCGUUUGUUUUUUGGCCGAAGAAAUGCUCCUCGGUGAGAAUGUCCGCGCCGAACACGUUGCACCACUGCGCAAGCUCGAACUCGCUGGCCGCACUAUAAUGAUGAAGAAGCUGGACCGCACGAUGCACAAGUUCUUUGUGCAAAGGGAGCUUGCUGGCCUUCAGCUUGCGCCUCUCCCGGAGGAUGACCAGGAUCUCUGCUCCACAAUGUUGAGCGGCCGAACAGACCGCCCGCAUGAAGAGUUCUACUGGCUGUUUGUCGGCGUCGUUUCAGUUUGCCUGAGACCUAAACUCCCGAGAAAGGUCCGCCCCUGGUUGCAAUGA